AAGUUGACGCUACGACACGGGAUCAAGCAGAAAACGCUUUAAAACUUCGAGAACGAAAUUGGGCCGAGGGGGGCUCUUGUCUUGUCUUUCUCAUCAAGACGGUUGAUGAUCUUUUGUUAAGCACGAUAAGCCAGUUGGUAUUCAGCUCUAGUGAAAGGCAAAACGUGGAAACUGGGGGAUCGAGAGAAGAGACCUUUCCCUCUCUUGGCUCGACAAUGGACUGGUCUGCAUGAAGAACGAUAAACAUUUAAAGGAUUCUCUGCCCCACCAACCGACUCUGGCCACGUUAAGGAUAUCACGUUUUAGCUUCGAGAGAGGGGAUGGUGAGUUUGGUAUCAUGGCUGGGACUCUGGUGCCUCCUGUCGGUUGGAGUAGGAUGCUCUGGUGACAACUCGACUGAAGUUGGGAUCACGAUUAGCUCUGACAACUUCACGACUGUCGCCCCUGCAACAACCGACAUCCCAAUCGAUUUGGAGCCGACCAGCUAUGGAAAACCGAGUAAGUUCGAUGAGAACAUCGAAGACAAGAUAUACGUAGACCAGAAAGAUGUUAUGGACAAGCUCAUGCUGGAACAGAAGGGAGUGCUCUUUGCAACCGACCCUCCUGAACCAGUGAAAAAUGAAAUUUUAAAGAGGAGGAGAAGAGCUACUGCUACCGUUUGGCAGGUACGGAGAUAUGUCAGAUUUCCUGGACCACAAAGACCACCAUGGGAGUUGGCCAGGAGCCCAAGGCUUGUCUUCAGAGAGCACGAGCCAAGCUUACAAGCUCCCUGGUCCCAUAACUCUCUGAUCGAAGAAACCAAUAUUCAAGGUAAGAAGAAUGAAAACUCCGAAGCAGGUGACGGUUGCAAAGCUGGUUCAAGCUGUCAAUCAUUGGUUGGCUGCUGGUUGUCCUGGGGGCGAGUCACCUCCCCUUGUGAUGGUUUCCUCCAAUAUUGCUGUGACUACUCCGGCACUAACUCACCUACGAAUGCGGCCAGAAGUUCGCAACAACAAGCAACUCCACUUCCGACAUACGGACCGGUUGUCAACGACCCCAGGUGUGGUUUAUCCGUAAAAAAUCAAGCAGCACAAAGAAGAAUUGUAGGAGGAGAUGAAGCAGGGUUUGGAAGCUUCCCUUGGCAGGCUUACAUUAGAAUUGGUUCAAGUCGCUGUGGUGGUUCUCUAGUCAACCGAUACCAUGUUGUUACGGCCGGACACUGUGUAGCACGGGCAAAUGCAAGGCAGGUUCAGGUCACACUUGGCGACUAUGUAAUCAACUCGGCAGUCGAACCCCUACCUGCGUACACCUACGGAGUGAGGCAGAUUUCAGUGCACCCUUAUUUUAAAUUUACACCCCAAGCAGAUAGAUUUGAUGUUGCUGUUUUGAGAUUGGACAGGCCAGUUCAGUACAUGCCACAUAUCGCUCCCAUCUGCCUUCCUACAAAAGGGGAAGAUUUCCUAGGGCAGUAUGGCUGGGCAGCUGGCUGGGGUGCUCUUCAGCCAGGAUCUAGAUUGAGACCAAAGACACUUCAAGCAGUGGAUGUUCCUGUAAUAGACAAUCGCUUGUGUGAAAGGUGGCACAGAUCUAAUGGCAUCAAUGUCGUAAUCUACGACGAGAUGAUGUGUGCAGGGUACCGAGGAGGGGGAAAAGAUUCCUGCCAGGGUGACUCGGGAGGGCCGUUGAUGCUGGAGAGAAGCGGUAGAUGGUUCCUGAUUGGGAUCGUUUCUGCGGGAUAUUCCUGUGCUCAAAGAGGCCAGCCGGGAAUCUACCACCGUGUCGCAAACACAGUUGAUUGGAUAUCACAUAUAAUCAACUCCUAAUCCUUCUAUGAAGGGUUUAUUUAAUUUUUAUUUAUCCUAAAUUCAAAGGGCACAAUCUAAAUGUAUAUAUGCCGAGAGGUCACUAGUCAGUACUCUCUUAAACAUUUUUUUACCAUCUAGAUAAACGUUGUUUCUAUUUGUUACCUAGUAUGCCAAAUCUUCCAUCAUAGAUUUCUAAAAAUUCAGAAAACUUUUUAUAGAAUAUAAAAUGAUUAACUUUCAUGUGGGUGCAACUUUUUUUUCUUCACUCGUGGGCGCAGGGCAGUAGGCUACUGCCAACUCGUUUUUGCAUGUUUUCAUCCAAUAUCUCAUCCCGAACCUUUGAAUAGGGGUAAUUUUGAUAGAAGCUCCAACACACUUGUUCAAACAUUAAAUUUAUUCAAAAUGAUAAAUUGACAGUUCCUCCUUAUACCGGACCUUCUUUGCGAUCUAGUUUCAUAUAUUGGAAGCUGAGAAUACAAUCCUCACACGGCCCUCUGCACAAACUUAGAAAAGAGUUGAUCACGUUUUAUGACAAGGGCGGUAGAUAUGCUGCCUGUGUGCCCUCAUGAAGGUUAAGACAAAGCAAAUAAAUCCAUUCUGUGAUACUCAAAAAUUUUAAUAGACCCAAGGUUAAAUAAAUCUUAGCCAUUUCCAAAAUCAAGCACCAGUAUUUCCUGCAAUGGAGCAUAAUAGAAGGAUUAUUAUACUAAAAUAUUACAACAUAAAAAAAAUUGUUAAAUGAUAGAUUAUAUGAUAAAACUUAACGUAAAAUUUUAAUUAAAUAUUCCAUUCAUAAAUUUAGGUUUCCAGUCUCAAUACUCUGCACAACAAUUACAAAUUAUGUAUUUUAAAAUUUGACUUUCUACAAAUUAUCUAAUCUUGUUUUCAAUACUAUUCAAAUCAAUUACACUACAAAUUACAUUCAGAUCUUACAAGUUUUUCCUAAAUUAUUUCUAAUAUACCUCAAAACUUAUUUGCAGUAAAUUACCUAUCUGGUACUUUUGUCUGGGCAAAAUUUGUAUUGAUUAUAAUAACUUUAAUAAUAGUUUCAGUGGAUUAUUUUCACUAUUAUUGCUAAAUUUGAUUAUUUCAUAAAUUUGACUUGCAAAAACGAAUUUGUCGAAUUCGACAAUUUUGUAUCGAUUGUAAAUUGAUAGUUUGAUAGGAAAAAUAAUUGAAAAGAAUUUUCCUUCAACAUUUGCUUUAAUCAUUUACUCAUCAAGCUUCAUCCACUUCAAAAGAAAAUCGUGAUAAUUUUUCUGAAAAGAUUUUUAUAAACAAAAAAAUAUUCCAUUUGUAUAAAAAAUUUUAUAAAUGUUCGCCCGCUCCCAUGCCGAGUUGCAAUUUGAAAAUCACUUCAGUUAUUUCCAAGCAGUAAACUUUAUUUAUUCUUACUAAAUUUAUUCUUUGAAACAGAGAAAAUAUGAUAGAAGGUAUUCAAAAGAAAAAAUGUAUCUUUUAAUCCUCUCCCCUCCCCUAAUUAUUGUAAGGUUUAUAUAAAUAAUUUAUGAAAAAUGUAGAUACCCCAAAAUAAUUUUUUAUCAUUGUAAAUACUCUUUAGAUAUGAAUGAUGUAAAAUUGUGUAUAUAAAAUUAAAUAUUAGCAAUAAUU